CGCACCUGGGCGGGCAGGUGAGGCUGGUGCGGGCCGCGCGGAGCCGUCGGGGGAGCGGCGACCACGGCCAUCUCCGCUGUGCACCUGCUUCGAGAGCCACCGAGGCCAGGUCAUGGCCCUCCACCCUCGCCGAGUCCGGUUGAAGCCCUGGCUGGUGGCCCAAGUGGACAGCGGCCUCUACCCUGGCCUCAUCUGGCUGCACAGGGACUCGAAACGCUUCCAGAUCCCCUGGAAGCACGCCACACGGCACAGCCCCCAGCAGGAGGAAGAGAACACCAUCUUCAAGGCCUGGGCUGUGGAGACUGGGAAGUACCAGGAAGGAGUAGAUGAUCCUGACCCAGCUAAGUGGAAGGCCCAGCUCCGCUGUGCUCUCAACAAGAGCAGGGAAUUCAACUUGAUGUAUGAUGGUACCAAGGAAGUGCCCAUGAACCCAGUGAAGAUAUAUCAAGUGUGUGAUAUUCCCCAGCCCCAAGGCUCCAUCAUUAACCCAGGAUCCACGGGGUCUGCCCCCUGGGAUGAGAAAGAUAAUGAUGUGGAUGAAGAAGAUGAGGAAGAUGAGCUUGAUCAGUCGCAGCACCAUGUUCCUAUCCAGGACACCUUUCCCUUCCUGAACAUCAAUGGCUCUCCUAUGGCGCCAGCCAGUGUUGGCAACUGCAGUGUGGGUAACUGCAGCCCUGAAGCGGUAUGGCCCAAAACGGAGCCUCUGGAGAUGGAAGUGCCCCAGGCCCCAGGGAUCCAGCCCUUCUAUAGCUCUCCAGAGCUGUGGAUCAGCUCCCUCCCAAUGACCGACCUGGACAUCAAGUUUCAGUACCGUGGGAAGGAGUAUGGGCAGACCCUGACUGUGAGUAACCCCCAGGGCUGCCGGCUCUUCUAUGGGGACCUGGGGCCCAUGCCAGACCAGGAGGAGCUCUUUGGUCCUGUCAGUCUGGAACAGGUCAAGUUCCCAGGGCCAGAGCACAUCACCAGUGAGAAGCAGAAGCUCUUCACCAGCAAGCUGCUGGAUGUCAUGGACAGAGGACUGAUCCUGGAGGUCAGCGGUCACGCCAUUUAUGCCAUCAGGCUGUGCCAGUGCAAGGUGUACUGGUCAGGUCCGUGUGCCCCGUCACUUGCUGCUCCCAACCUGAUUGAGAGACAAAAGAAGGUCAAGCUGUUUUGUCUGGAAACAUUCCUGAGUGAUCUCAUUGCCCACCAGAAAGGGCAGAUAGAGAAGCAGCCACCAUUUGAGAUCUAUUUAUGCUUUGGUGAAGAAUGGCCAGAUGGGAAACCUCUGGAAAGAAAACUCAUCUUGGUUCAGGUCAUUCCAGUGGUGGCUCGCAUGAUCUAUGAGAUGUUUUCUGGUGAUUUCACACGAUCCUUUGACAGUGGCAGUGUCCGCCUGCAGAUCUCAACUCCAGACAUCAAAGAUAACAUCGUUGCUCAGCUCAAGCAGCUGUACCGCAUCCUGCAGACCCAAGAGGGCUGGCAGUCCGUGCAGCCCAACCCCAGCAUGCAGCUGCCCUCAGCCCUGCCUGCCCAGUAACCAUGGCCACUGUUCUUUGUACAUACUGAUAUUUCUAUUAGUCAGAUUAACCAGCCUUUAAAUCUCUCUUUGCCCUAACAUUAGAAGUUGUGACUCUCCAAGUAUGUCUAACUUUUAAAGUUGAUUUAAUUUAUGGAGAAAUCAACCUUCAGGGAACUUCCUUUUCCUAUUAAACCUUCAAUGGUAGUAUGGUAUAGGAGAGAUUGGGUUUGGGAGUUUGGACACCUGGGCUCUAGCUGUUGCUGUUUCCAGUGUGACCUUGAGCAGGUCAUUGUAUCACUUGUAAAUAAAUCAGUUUGGGAUGGUGUGUGAAAUGGCUUUCAGCUUUAAAAUCUUGACUUCAGUACUGUACUUAUAUAAGACAGAACUGCCUGGGCCAGAACCCUUCUGCAUUUUCUUAUACCAGUCUUUUUCUUGCUUUCAUCAAAGUUCCUUCAAGCACCAAUUUGUCCAGGAUUGAGCUCUGUUUGACCUGUUCUGCUACUGUAGUAAGCUGGCUCGCUCAUGGGGGAAGUGAGAGGGAGAGGAGCUGACUGGUUGCUUAGGAACCAAGGUUGAUAUCUAAAUAGAAAUGGUGCCAAAGUCUGAAAGUCACCCAACCUGUGGAGUAAAAGCUCAUAAAUUGAGAGUCUAAAGGGAAGCCCGUGACAAGAAAGCCUGUGGAUUCUGUGAAAGAAUGGCUGUCGGGUGUUGGCCUUGUCACCACUCAGCUACCACCUGAUGUGUGGUAGAUGAGCGCGGCAUGAGUGAAGAACUCUUUUUCUUUUUCUUUUCCUCUGAAGGAGACUUCGAGGGAGUUGGGCAACCUAUUACAAAAGGGACAGUUCUUUUUGCUGGGGAAUUUUAAGAAUCUUCUUGUCAUGUGGAUUUUCAUAGUUGGGGGAAAAGAGAUGUUGGGAGUGGUAGGCUUGUGUGAAGGGUCAGACUGCUUUUCUGGAAAACACUAGCAUUGAUCUCUCCUGUGCUGGGGAGGUGUCUGGGUAUCAACAAUGAAGGGGAACGUGGUAUGUGUGUGUGUCACAGAGCUCUGAUGGAGCAAAUUGUGCUCCAUUCCUGACAACAUCUUGCUUUCUUUGUAAAUUGAAGUAAUACAUAAUUUUAACUCCAAGACCUAAAUGGAAAACAAGAUACUAAUCUCUGGUUGCAUGCUUCAGUCCUUUUGAAUACUGAUGUCUGCCUGGGUCAUGUCUUGCAAGAAAGCCUGUGUGUAUGACCUACUCUUGAGCCAAACUGCUAUCUACUUUUCAAAUCACAGAGAAGCUCGGUUAGAUUUAGUUAGAAACCUGAAAUUGCAACUUAAUCAAAGGUGACAGGACCUUAAGUGUAGGUGGGCUAGGAAGGGUGGAGUGGUGAUAGUGGUGUGAACAAAGUAUGCCAUAUGUAUGUGGUCUUGCUCUCUUUCUCUCUCUAUAAAUACAUGUUUAUGAAAAUGUCACAGUGAGAUCCUUUUGUUUAUAUUCUGAUUUAUAAAGAGAGAUCUGAGUGUCCAGCUUUAAGGAGAAAUUGGGAUUUUUUAAAACCAGGAGUCAUGCAAAACAUAGGAACUGUAUUUUUCUGGUUGUGUUUGUGUGUGUGUGUGUGUGUGUGUGUGUGUGUGUGUGUGAUUUUGUAGGUGAGGUGAGGGUCUUGACAUGUCCCUUCUGUGUCUUGCAGCUCAAAGUUAAAAAUAAUCCAUUACAGCAAAGGUGGGAGGGCAGCUGUUGCAUACAUGCUUGUUCCUUUCCCUUCCAUGAACGAGAAUAGCCAGGCUGUCCAUCUGGAUGAGAGGCUGGGUAACAUGAGCUGGUAAAGAUGUUGAAAGUAGACUCAGAAGUGUCAAGGACUGAGCUUUUAGUAAGGGACUAUAAUAAAGUCUACAAACGCAUCAGACAGAUGAACGAAUGGUUUUAUGUAGUCUCAAUAGUCCAAUUUCUUCCCUUGUUUUCAAUCUUUCCCAAACUCUUUGGUUUUGGUAGGUUAUCGGGUACCCUUGUUUUCUUGGGCUUGGUCUGGUCUCCUUUGCUUGACUGCAUUACUCACUCCCCAGCUGUCUUCUCCCUGCCUUCACCCAACUUAAGACCCAGAAGGGAGUCGGAUUUCCACCAGCUCUUCCUCCUCCACUGUGCACCAACAGCAUUAGAUUAACUCAAGCUUAACGGAGCCCACUUUAGGUUAACUGGGAAGGCAAGUGUUGAAAAUAACUGUCUUUUAAAAAUUGCUCAGCAUCUGUGUUGCUUGGUGAAAGUUUUCUUGGAAUUUGCUGCCAGUCCUAAGAGUGUCUGACAGAGCACAUUCUCAAAUAGUAAUUGCUGUAAUAAAUGAACUAAAUACUU